AAACCACUUCUGCAUCUAAUUUUGAAAGAAAUUGGAGCACUUUUUCACUUAUACAUACAAAGACGAGGAACAUAUUACGGUAUUAAAAAUUGCAUGCACUCGUCUUUGUUCACUACAAUAUGCGGCUGAAGUUGAGGAAUUUGAGCAGAAAGAGUCAGCAUGAGCUAGAAAAGAGUUAUAAUCCGAUUAAUUUGGAUUACAUUUUCGAGGAAGAUGAUCUACUAAAUCCUUGGUUGGAGGAAAGGGAAAAUCCUGUACUUGAUGGUGAAGAAAAUCCUUGGCUAGAGGAGGAUGAGCCCGCUCCAUCACAAUCACAACAAGUUAAUGCUCCAACUCAUGGACAUAAUAUUGGAGGCAGUGGUAAUGUUGAACCUGAAGAUUCUUUUAUACUAUCUAGUUCCAGUGAUGAUGAUGAUGGUGGUAGUGGUCAGGGUGGAAGAGGUGAAGGUCGUGGAGCUACUAGUUCAUUACAAUCACAUGAUGAUCCCUCUUCAUAUCAGAGGCAUAGUCCAUCUCCAUCUCCAUCUCCAGCUCCAGCUCCAACUUUGCAACAUACAUAUCACAGAUCCCGUGGUUCUGGUGGUAGCAGUGAUAAGGGAAAAGGUGUUGCACAUGGAGAGUGUUCUAUGGAUGCAGAUAAUUAUGGAUAUGGGACUUAUGGUACAAGUGAAUCUUCAAUGGAAGCAACCUCUACUAGUGAUUAUGGAUAUAGAGAAAAUUUUCAAUGGGAUUACUCAAAUCCAUAUCCAUAUCAGCCUCCUCCAUCGUAUUCUGAUUUAUCUUUGUCAGAGCAAUCAUUCUCCCACACUCAAACCCAGUCCAAUCCUAGUGAUCAAUUUGGUAUGGGUUCAUUCUUCAGCUUUGAUCCAUCACAAUAUUAUCAAUAUCAUCAAGAUCAAAGCUCUCAAUCACAAGAUGAAGGUGGUGGAUCUACUCAAGAACCUGCUAGACGCUCAUUCUGGUGGUAAUUGAGGUAAGCUACUACAUAUAAUAUUUAAAAUUUAUGUAUUUUAUGUUUAUUCAAUAUAUUUAUACUUGUUUAUAAGUUGUAUAACUUAAUUUUCGUUAUAUCUUUCAAUAUAUUUUAAUUUCAUAGACUUUACAAAUUUUCUAAAAAAAUUUGCACCGCG